ACAGAUUCGUGUUUUGAGAAGACCCACGGAGUCUUCGUCCUCUGGGGCCUGGGCUCCGGUCAUCCAUAAACAAACAAAAGAAUUGUAUUCAUUGAAUAUUGGUUGAGCUUCUUUGAAGAUGUCUGAGCCACCAAAAGUUCGCGUUGUUCGUUGCCCCAAGUGCGAAAAUUUGCUUCCGGAGGUCACUGAUUUCUCUGUUUACCAGUGUGGUGGAUGUGGUGCUGUUUUACGAGCUAAGAAUGAAAAUGGAGAGUUGGAGACAUUUUCUGACAAGUCUGAUGAAGAAAGGGUAGUAGGGGUUUCUGAGAAAUUUGAGAAAGUGAUGAACUUGAGUGAUGGUUCUGAGAAUGAUGUGAAGUCAAAUGCUAGUAGUUCUUGUAGCAUAGAUGAGAGGAGGGGGAUUUUGGGUGAUAGAGUUGAAAAUUACAGGUCUAAUCUGACAAGUAAGUCUGAUAAAUGGGUGCUAGAGGAUGAUAAUGAUGCAGAAUUGUGUGAGAUUAUAGAUGAACAUAGUCAAGAAAAAAUCGUGGAACAGCUUCAGAAGUUCAUUCCUGAAUGUGAAAGUGAAAAUGGGUUGCCAAAUCUGGAAGAAAUUCCGAAUUGGAGAAGUGGGGAGACUAACGAGGCAGCAGAGGCUUUUCAUAGACGCCCAAGAGUUGAUGAUAUGGAGAUGUAUGAGACGGGUGAUGAGCAAAGUCAAGAAAGAACUAUGAAACAGUUUCAGAAUUCCACCAUCCAAUAUGCAAAUGAAAUGGGCUUGCAAAGACCGGUUCGUAUUCCAGAUUGGAGAAGCAAUGGGGAGGCAAGGAAAGCGGAGGUUUCCCAGAGAGGCCGAAGAAUUGGUAUUGACGGUUCGAUGUAUGCAGUUUCGAAUAAUUCAGCAGAUGCUUCAUCAUCCAGUUACCAGGUGGGGUCUAGUUACGGGUAUCAACAGCCACUGAGGAGUGGGAACAGUGAGGAAAGUUCUUCUAGUGGGUUUGCUAAAACCGAGUAUAGUGAAGAUGAAAGAGUUGAGCUUUUGAGAAAGUUGGAUGAGCUGAAGGAGCAAUUGAGUCGACCUUGUGAAGUGAUUGAUAAUCCAAAGGAUAAGUUCCCUCUCGAUAGGAAGAUUAUUAAUCAGGAUCCCUAUGGUGAUUCCCGUGAUUGGUUUCCUGAUGGCCCUUCGAGGAUCGUUAAUAAAGGUUCGAUGCAUUAUCCCGUUUCUAAUCAAGCUGCCACAAGACCUCCUCUCGUGAAUCACUAUCAAGAACCAUCUCAUGUCUUGGGUGGUUUUUAUCCACCUGGGCAUACUUCAAGUCAUCCACAACUAUUUGGGGACCCUCUUAGGUCCCAAAGGCUAAGGACAGAUCCAUAUCAUCCCCAUAUUGCUGGCCACUACUCUAAUAACGAGAUUAUUGAUCACCUUCAACCUUAUGCACCUCAUGUAAAUCGUCAUCAUCAUCCAUCCUGCACUUGUUUCCAUUGCUACAAAACAAACCAAAACCUCGUCCAGGCUCUUCCAACCGCCUUUGGUGAUAGCAGGUUCUCUAAUGUCCCGAGUAAUCCCAUUUUUUAUCACCAUGAAAAUCCAGGCAGAUUUGGUCCACAGGAUUAUGAUCCUAGAAUUCCCAGCGCUCUCCCUAUGAAGACACAAAAUUCUCAAUCACAGAGAAGGUGGGCGGGUGACUUGAAUUCUGAUGUGGGUGUUCUAGUCCGUCGACGACCUCCUGGGUUGCAGCCGCCUUCAAGUGGACACCGUUGCCGCCCCAUAGCUGGCGGUGCACCAUUCUUGACAUGCCACAAUUGUUUGGAGUUGCUUCAUUUGCCUAAGAGAGCUUUUCUCCGGGAUAGAAAACAAAGGAAAAUGAAAUGUGGGGCGUGCUCUAGUAUUAUGGUUUUGGCAGUUGCUAACAAGAGACUCAUUUCUGUUCAUGAACACGUGAAGAAAAAUGCUGAGAUGUUUACUACGGAUGAUAAUUUGACACAGGAAAGUAGCUACUCCCAUGGUCACAUAAACCAACCCAGUACGAUUUUUUCCUCUGAAGAUUUUGACAAUUCCAGAUACGAUUUCCAUGCAAUGGAUGAAGACCACAGAUCGCUUUCAAUAGGGCAGGCAAGUUCUGUCAAGUCCAUCGAGGUGAGGAGCCAUCGUUCUAAAUCUUCCUCAAUGUCAGCAGAGGAGGGCAACCUUGUUGCCUCGGCUGCUACAGCAAUAAAUUCCAACCCCGUUGAGUUACCCAUGAAGGACAAAGUGUCUCCACCACCUGCAGGAUCACCAUUGCAGGAUCAUUUUGAUUACUCAACUAACUAUGGCACUGGAAACCGCUUUGAAAAUGGAAACCUAAGCGGGCGAUCAAGUCCAGAUAAAAUGAUGUCAAAGAAGAAUGCUUCACGUCAAACUUCCAUGAAGGAUGUAUCAGUGGCAACGGAGAUGGAUAUAUCAUCCAAUGAGUAUGCUAACACCGGGUCAUCUUUAGAGUCGGGUGAAUCAAGCAAAGGAGAUCGGCUAAAUUCCAAUAAAAGCACUGAAUCAUUUUUUGCUGGGAUUGCAAAGAGAAGCUUUAAAUCCAAGCAUGUUGUUGGUGAGGAAAGGAGCAAUGUUACAGUGAAUGGGCAUCUUAUACCGGACCAGCUUUUUAAAAAAGCUGAAAGGGUAGCUGGAAAAAUAAACCCUGGACAUUACUGGUAUGACUUCCGAGCUGGAUUUUGGGGAGUGAUGGGAGGUCCUUGCCUGGGCAUAGUUCCGCCAUUUAUUGAAGAAUUUAACUAUCCCAUGCCUGAAAAUUGUGCUGGUGGAAACACUGGUGUGUUUGUGAAUGGGAGAGAGCUUCAUAACAAAGAUCUGCAAUUACUAUGCAGCAGAGGGCUCUCAUCUGAGAGAGAUAGAUCUUAUAUCGUUGAAAUUUCGGGCAGAGUCCUUGACGAGGAUACUGGUGAAGAGCUAGAGAGCCUGGGCAAACUCGCUCCAACAGUUGAGAGAAUGAAGCGAGGAUUUGGCAUGAAAGUUCCAAAGAGAGCAGCAUGAUUAUGUCUAUGCAGAAACAACGUUGAUGUUUCAUUGUUCUACAGAAGAUCUUGUCGUCUUGGUCCAUAAAUCUUGCAGGCCUAAAAUGGAAUGGGGAAUCUAUAUGAGCUUUGAGUCUAGCAUGGCAUCAUAUAUGUAAAAUCUAGCUUGCUUUGGUUGUACCUAAUCUGCAUUUUAGUGGUACAUAUAAUAGUGAUUCAUGUGCUUGCUGCACCCUCUAUGGCAGACAUUUCCCAUUGUGAUUCUUUAUAAAACAUAUUUUAGUCUUUCCCUAGUUAAUUAUUGUU